AUGGAAGAGCCGAGAAACGAGCCGGUGCUGCAGUACAAGAAUGGCAGCGAGGAGCGGCAUUUAUUAGACCUGGCAUUGGCAAAGUACUGGGACAACGUGACUGAUAUUUCGGCGGUUUUGGACCCCGGUUUCACUGACUCGACGUCAUCCGCCAAGGAACUGCACAUGCAGUACGUCGUAAGGAUUUCGGCAUCUCCUGUAUUAGGACUUAACUCCCUCACUUGGAAAGAAAUUUUUAGCCGUUCGACAACCAGCAUGUCGUCGCCCGGUACGCACAUGCGACAAAGUGUCUUCAGCUUUGACAGCGAAGGCCAAAGCAGUAUCUACGGCGUGUUUGGCAAGAACACCAUAUAG